AUGUUGCGUUCGUGUGUUGCCGUUCCAGAUGCGCUUCAUCCUUCAUCUCAUCGCACGGGUUUAGCUCAAAGGAUUUCUGGGUUUCGUAAAAAAAGGGAGGAAGAUCUAAGGAAAAAGAAAUGGAGUAAUCAAUAUGAGAACCCCGCUCAUCAAUCUGGAUAUGCUGCUAUUUGGGUAGCUCUAUUUAAAGAUAUGUUCGUUCUUUUAUUACAAGGGGAAAGAAAAUUUGUGAGUGUGAUUCUAGGAACUGAUUGCAAUUUGCUAGGGACUGGAAUGGAUACGCAGGAUACAUCUCCUUCAGUGUUGCUAUUCUUUGACAAGCAAAGAUUUAAAUUUAAUGCUGGAGAGGGAUUGCAACGGUUCUGCUCAGGGCAUAUCUGA